CCAAUAUUCGCUGUGGGGGAGCAAAAAAAUAAAUAUAUUUUGAUUAGAACAUUGGCCUCUUGGAUGAAAACGUAAUUGUAUAUUUUUAAAGAAAUGUUUAGAUUCCCAGUAAUACAGUACAUUUAGUGGGAGUCAGAAAACUUUUGUUUGCUUGCCCAUCGUGCAAAUAAUACCGCUUAGCUGGGGGGAGACUUUGCAAGACCAAGACAACUUGCUGUAACCCUGCUUCGAUUAAAAAGUAACUGUUGAAUUGGUCCAGAUCGUUUUUUUUUUUUUUUUUUCCGUGCGGGCUUUUAUGCAGUCAGUCUUAAGCGCAGAAAUAUCUCCAGCCACGGCAGUGUGUUCACGCGAUAAUAAACGUGACGUCAUUCACUUAGCGUGGGGGCUUGUUUCUUAACGUUUCUAGACGAAUCUACAUAAACAAUAGAUACGUAAUCAUGUCAUGCAUACAGACGCAUUUUUUUUUUACACGAGUAAGCAGGUUGUCAGUGAGUGUAGUAGUUAAGCUCAAAUACUUAACUGUUAAUUAAGCAUGUUUAACAAAAAAAGAAAGAGGCCAAGCUUGGAGCAGAGGAAGGUGCGCUCACGGGAUGCAGCACGGUCCCGACGCAGCCAGGAGACGGAGGUGUUCUACCAGCUGGCCCAUACCCUCCCGUUCCCUAGGCGUGUCGUCUCCGACCUGGACAAGGCCGCCAUCAUGAGGGUGACGCUCAGCUUCCUGCGCAUCCACAGUCUCUUCCACUCAGGAGAAGUGAAGGUUGAGCCAAGCGCUGAGGAGGAGGAAGAGGCAAUAGACAGGUUUUACCCCCGAGCUCUGGCUGGCUUUAUCAUGGUGCUCACAGAAGAGGGGGACAUGGUCUUUCUUUCAGAGAGUGUCAAUAAAUACGUCGGCAUUACUCAGCUUGAACUGUUGGGACAGAGCGUGUACGAUUUUGUUCAUCCAUGUGAUCAGGAGGAACUGCGGGAUGUUCUGACUCCAAGGCCAGGCCUGUCCAAGAAGAAACAGGCAGAUCAGCGGUCAGAACGGAACUUCUUUCUGAGGAUGAAGAGCACGCUCACUAACAGAGGCCGGGUGGUGAACCUCAAGUCUGCUGCCUGGAGGGUACUACGUUGUUCAGGUCACAUGCGGACUUACCAUGCAGCGGACAAGACGGGGCCUCCUAUUGGUAACUUCCUGAUUCUGCUGUGUGAGCCCAUCCCCGACCCCUCCGGUGUUGAGUUUCCCCUGGACUGCAGCGCCUUCCUGAGCCGACACAGCACGGACCUCCGUUUCAUAGACUGUGACGAUCGAGUUACUCAGCUUGUGGGAUACCAGCCGGAGGAUCUGACUGGCCGAUCAGCAUACGAGUUUCAUCAUGCAUUGGACUCUGAUCACAUGACUAAGAGCCUGCACAUACUGUUCUCCAAAGGCCAGGUGUGCACCAAUCAGUACCGCUUCCUGGCAAAGAGCGGGGGCUAUGUGUGGGCAGAGACACAGGCCACGGUCACCUACAACAGCAAGACGUCGCAGCCCGAAGCAGUGGUCUGCCUCAACUUCAUCCUCAGUGGGGUCGAGCAUGCGGACGUGGUCUUCUCCAUGGAGCAAACCCCGAGCCUCAAGAAGCCCAAAACAGAACCGGAAGAGAAGGAGGAGGUGGGCAAGGGGGCCUGUGCAGAACUCCUCAACCUGAAGGAGCUUUCUGAGGAGGUGCCUCAGUCGUCACCGACGCCAGGAGAUGUGGCUGUUUCCAAGACGGAGUCUGUGGAGCCGAAGAACUUGUCGUUCUACCGGCCGCCCAGUCCCAACACGGUGCCCGAGUUCCCUCAAGAGCUGUGUACCCCAGAUCUGCGGCAGCUGCUUUCGCCUAUUUUUGACAGGCCCGAGGCAGCCUCUGUGGUUUCGAAGUGUUCCGGUGAAGACCAAUUCAUGGACAAAGACUCAGUGGAGAAAUUCUUCACCUUCAAACCCGUUGACACGAAUCAGGAGAGUACUGCAGAGGGUACAGAGAGCAUGGACUUGGACAUGCUGGCUCCUUACAUCUCCAUGGAUGAUGACUUCCAGCUCACCUUCUUCACCCAGCUCCCAGAGAGCGAUUUAAGCUCCCCAGAGUCUCCUGUUCCUGGAGCACGGAAGCGGGCUCUGGAGGAUGAUGUGGAGACAUCUUUCAGGGGCAUACUGAAGGACAAAAGGCAAAGGCACACUGCAGUUGAGGAGGAGGUGCUCUUGGCCCCUGCCAAGGCCUGGGUUUGCCCCGAGGAUGCCGAACCCCCAGACGAGCUGGAGCCGGUCCCCCACCACAACAAACUGCUCACUGACAGGGACCCCAUUCUUGGAGGAGUGCAGGAGCUCCGCGACCCACCAGCCCUGAUGAGUACCAUGUUAUCUCCACAACAUGACCAACCAGAUCUGAAGAAAAGCAGUGUAAAGACUCUCACCUGAGCUAGUCCUGGCUCUCCUGCAACGUCCUGCCUGGAGGUUGGCUGCGAGGUUUUUUUUCUUCCUCUUUCUUUCCCCCUCCCAUUUCCUCAGAGUUCAGCCAACUCUCCACUCUGGAUUUACCAAAGAACAAAGACAACAAACGCACCUUUUCACGCAGACCUCCCAACAACCUUUGCUACGGCUCUGCAGCAAUGUUUCGUGUCCUGACGCGUAUCACUCAGUUAGCAGUGAUCAGUCCCAGCUACAUACAGGGAGAAGAGUACUUUGUGUUUGGGGAGGGCUGACUGAGAAUCCUCUUCCAGGACUCAGUUUUGUAAAUUGAUCCCCACAUGUGGCCUCCGUGGCACAUUUUCACGUUUGGCCCGGUGUCGCAGGGGUCUCAGAAGAAUGUCGCCACCUAACAUGAUUAUUGCAGACAUGUGUGUGCUCAGCAUGCAAGACUGCUAGUCUUGUAGUUUCCAUCUGUCUCUUUGCAGGUAGCAGGACUCAUCGAGGGGCCAGCUGCAUUCCACUUUCUCCUUCAAGUGCAGUGGUGUUGUGGUGUCACCAGUGUCCUCCAGAGAGGAGAUCCCAUGUCAAAUAAAUGAAGGAGCUCUUGAUGUCAGAACAAAACUUAAAUUUGUUCAAAACUAUACGCACAAAAAGGUAUAACUUGUGAAAUGCUGAGAUUUAAACAUAUUUGUAAAAAUGGUAAUCUGCUUCCUCUUUGUCAUAGUUUUGUGGGCGAAUACAUCAGUCCAGUUUCUAGUACUAAAAUAUUACCUCAGAACAUUACGUCAUGGAAUUAAUGGAUGAUUUCCCAAACUCAGAAACAAAGCGAUGAAGGUUUUAAAGGAAAUAAGCCAUAAUCUCCAGUCUCUGUGACUCUGAACUUGGAUGAGAAUCGUAUUGUGGUUUGUCAGCAACUUUGUGACAUUUAUAUUGGGGCCUGAUAGCUUGAUGUUUGGUAAUAUCACAGCAGAUGCAGCAUUAUAUUAUUCAGUGGCAACAAAAAAAUUGCUCAGUGGCAUUUAUGUAGUAUCUUUUUAUAUAACAUACAUUUGAAGAAUACUAGCGUAUACUUUGGUGUUGGUUUUUUUUUUUUCUUUUUCUUUUUUAAGUGUAUCAAAGGUUUUUUUUCUUAGCAUGAACUUGGGGACACAAUUUGCUGUUUUUGUUCGGGCUGUGAUCUUUGAUUUGAUUGACCAUGGUCCGUUAAUUUACACUGCUUCACAUACAUGCAUCUAUAUUUUCUGAGAGUAUAUGGGGAGUUUUGUUUAUACUGAUGACAGGAACAUGUAUUUACCCAUUUUAGUUUAAUUGUGGCAUGUAAAGUUAAUGUGGUGUGAAACAUCUUUGUCAGAUCAUUAUUUUGUGAUUAAGUAGUAGCUUCAAAAGAGAUAAGUUGAUUAUUCAGUUUAUCACACAAAACAAACUUGCUCGUAGCUUCAAUAUUAAAUGCCCCCCUUGUUUAUUUUUGAAGAACGUGAUUAUGUGGAUCGGCUAUCUGUAUGGUGCUAGAGCAACAGCUCUUAUUUACAGAUGGAUUAAUGUGAACCGCAGAGAGCAUAAAAAGUGUUGGCUGAGGGAUUUGCUGAUGAGAUGCUUUCGAUAAUAGUAAAAGAACUGCAAUGUUGGGGCUUUCUUCUUAAAUUUUUGUUAUACAAAGAAUGCCAAGUUUGGAAAACUUACUAUUGUAACCUUAUCUUGAGGACAUAGAGCCUGUAGUUAAAAUCUGGAUAAGUUUUAUUGAUAAAGCAUAGUUAGCAUUUUCUUUCAUCGGUUUUUAUUUUCUGAAUGUUAUCAGUCGUCAUUUGGUGGAAAAUUAAUAAAAUGGCAGUGGAGCACCCUUUGCUGAAUUGCAUAGAGCAGAACUUCGUGACCUGCUCGGCCGGCUUUGCUGACAGCAUUUAGGUUGUGGGAUCUUGUUGUUUGAGGUGGUUGACUUGGUCAACUGGUUCCCGCCUCAUUUUCUUUGCACGCCACUGUGACUAAAUUUCAUCCUGUCUGUGCUCAUUCAGAGAGACAGUAAAGCUACUGUAAAGAAUUUAAGAAAAAAUUCAGACUAGUUGCUAGGGCAAAAACCUCUUUGUGAAAUAAUCAGUGUUCUGUGUUGUCCUAGAGUUUGAUGCUAGCAUAUAGAAAACUAAGAUGGAGUCUAACUGAGCAAACUGUAUUUAGAGUGAUUAAGAAGAAGAAUAUUUUCUGUGGUGGUUGUUGGUAGGUUUCAGUACCUGACUCCGCUUGCUUUGUCUGACUGAUGCAGAAUUAUUGAACUGAUACUGUAAUUUUGUUACUUUUUCCAAACCGGUGGCAAGAUGUUAUAUGGUCCAAAUCUUGUUGAAAAUGAGAUGCAGAAAAAAAUCUUGCAUGAUUUUUGAAUGUCUUGGAUGUUUUAAGGAAUGGAUCAUUGUUCCAUCCAUUUUACUGCAGACAUGAGAUUAUUUUCAGUUGAGAGGAAACAUUGUUCAUAAACAGUUUACCUUAGUAUGCCAUGGUGCUUGAACCCUUAUGAUGGUUAUUAGCACUGACUUACCAGGAAAUUUCAAAUUUCUUUUUGAAUCGGUUUUACUAUGGGGGAAAAAAAGUGUGUCAUGCAAACCAUUUCAGAUGAUUUGGCACAGUCAUUGAAGGUUUUGAUGGAUAUGAACAAUUGCCGUUAUGCAAGUCAUAUUUUAAAUGUUUCAGAUUUGAUGCUGAGAUUUUGUCACUGGUAACAAAUAAAAUCAUUUUUACUGA